CCGUUAUGAGCAGAGCGGCCAAGCGCCAUAAGUCCAAGUGAAAAGUGAGUUUGUGAGGCAACGACGCUAUAGUAUACAAAAAGAAUAAACAAAAAUCAAGUAUAUCUCACAACUAAACAACUCAGCAGUUCAAAUAUCACAGCGGAGAGCGCAAAUAAGUCAAAGUACCAAUAUCGAAAUACAAAAUAUACAACGCACGGCAAUUAAAUCGCGCACGCAGUCGCUGUGUAGCAGGACAACGCUAGGGUCGACAAAAACAACAACAACAACAACGACACAGCCAGCGCACACAUACAAGCAUUUCAAAAUGGCGCCAAUUAAAGGUACCACUCGCACUGCUGCAAGCAACCAGGCGACCAUAAACGCACUUUUGCCCAUGGCAGGCGUACGAGGCAAGGGACUGAGCCGUCGGGCGGCCAACAGUGGCAUUGAUCCAAAUGCAGAGAAUAUGCAGACGCGCGGUAAACGCAAGGCCGAUAAUAGCCCCAUCAAGAAUGAUAAGAUCAAGCGCUCGGCGCUGGGUAAUUUGACCAACAAUGUUAAGAUCAUGACGCUGCAUCCAGGCGACGAGGACUCCAAGCAGCAGUUGCCCAAAAAGCCGACGGCACAGCAACUUCAGGCGCUUCUGGAUGCAAAGACUAUUGACAAUCUAAAUGUUUUAGCUGCAGUCACUGCUCCACUCCCUGCUGCUAUGCCCAACAAAAUAAUGACGCGCGCCUCAACCAAGACAGAGGACUCGGUGGAGAACUGCCACAAAGUGCUGGACAAGUUCGAGGAGGCGUUAGCGCGUCAAAAAACACGCAAGGCACCAGUGGCAGCAAAAAAGCCGGCCACAGUGCUAGUCGAGCCAAAAGUUGCGCCCAUGCAGGCGCCUGUUGUCCAAAAAUUGGCUGCACCGCCUCCGCCGGCUGCCGUCAAGCCGGUGCGCCGCAUAUCAAAUGACUUUAAUAAGACUGAGGAGAGCCUCUAUAUGUCCGCCCUGGAGGACAUCUCCAGCUGCGAAUCCAUGCGCUUGUCUGGCAAUUUUGAGGCAGCGCGACGCCUCUCUGCUAAACUGCAACUAAAGACUGAUCAGCCAAAGGCAGCACCGGCGCAGCAAUCGGUGCAUAUGGCAGCAGCUGCUGCUGCUAUGGUGACGCCUGUUCGUCCCGUGCCCGAUGAUGUGGAGGACUUUGACCGCAAGAACUGGGAUGAUCCCUUCCAGGUGUCCCACUAUGCCAUGGACAUAUUUAAUUAUUUGAAAUUGCGCGAGCCAGAGUUUCCCAUUCACGAUUAUAUGCCAAAGCAGGUACAUUUGACCACCUGGAUGCGAACGCUACUGGUGGACUGGAUGGUCGAGGUGCAGGAGACCUUUGAGUUAAAUCAUGAAACACUAUAUUUGGCUGUCAAAAUUGUCGAUCUCUAUUUGUGCCGCGAGGUUAUAAACAAGGAAAAACUGCAGCUGCUGGGCGCUGCCGCGUUCUUCAUUGCAUGCAAGUACGAUGAACGCCAGCCGCCACUAAUUGAGGACUUUCUGUACAUAUGCGAUGGCGCCUACAAUCACGACGAGCUUGUCAAAAUGGAAAUGGAAACGCUGCGAACCAUCAACUACGAUCUCGGCAUACCGCUCUCCUACCGCUUCUUGCGCCGCUAUGCUCGAUGUGCCAAGGUGCAAAUGCCCACGCUUACUCUGGCGCGCUACAUUCUGGAGCUGUCGCUUAUGGACUAUGCCACCAUUGGUUUUAGUGACUCGCAAAUGGCCUCGGCCGCUCUCUUCAUGGCACUGCGCAUGCAUGGCGGUGCCGCGAAUCUGCACAAAAAGACCUGGACCUCAACGCUGGCCUACUACACAGGCUAUCAACUGGCACAGUUUGCUGAAGUGGUGCCGGUGCUGAACGCAGGACUGCAUAGGAAACCACGCGCCACCAUCAAGACGAUACGGAACAAGUACUCGCAUAAGAUAUUCCAUGAGGUGGCCAAGGUGCCGCUGCUUAGCAACGUGGAGCUAUUCCAAAGCAAUCUCGAUCUGAACGAAAGUAACUCGUGCACCUGAGCCAUACA